AUGCCCAUUCCUGCCUUCUGGUUCCACCCUCCUCCUUUUUGCCUGCAGCUGACUCUACUGCUUGGACUCACAGGAGUGGCAGGUGAGGACGAGCUGCAGGUGAUUCAGCCUGAGAGGUCAGUGUCAGUUGCAGCAGGAGAGACGGCCACGCUGCGCUGCACCAUUACCUCCCUGCUCCCCGUGGGGCCCGUCGCGUGGUUCAGGGGAACUGGGCCAGGACGGGAGUUAAUCUACAGUCGAAAAGGAGGCCCCUUCCCCCGAGCAGCAACGGUUUCAGAUACUACAAGGAGAAACAACACGGACUUUUCCAUCCGCAUCAGUAGCAUCACCCCAGCAGACACUGGUGUCUACUACUGUGUGAAGUUCAAGAAAGGAGAACCUAACGACACGGAGAUUAAGUCCGGACCAGGCACUCAUCUCACUGUGAGUGCCAAGCCCUCUCCUCCUGUGGUAUCAGGCCCCAUCAUGAGGGCCACACCUGAGCAGACAGUGAGCUUCACCUGCAGAUCCCAUGGAUUCUUCCCCAGGAACAUCUCCCUGAAAUGGUUCAAAAAUGGCCAUGAACGCCCAGCCUCCCAGACCAACGUGGACCCAGAGGGAGACAGCGUUUCCUACAGCAUCUCUAGCACAACCAAGGUGCUGCUGGCCCCAGGGGAUGUUCACUCCCAGGUCAUCUGCGAGGUGGCCCACGUCACCCUGCAGGGGGGCCCUCCUCUCCGUGGGACUGCCAACGUGUCUGAGACCAUCCGAGUUCUACCCACCAUGUCUAUUUUCAAAUACCCUGACUCAAAGAACAAUAUAAAUGUCACCUGCAAGGCAAACAAGUUCUACUCCCAGGGCAUACAGCUGACCUGGCUGAAGAAUGGAAAUGUCUCUUGGAUGGAUAAGACCCUGAUCCCCACCAAGAGGAGAGAUGAACUGUACACUGUGCAGGGCUCAAUUCUGGUGGACAGACCUGAGCACACAGAAGACACUGUGCUCACCUGCUGGGCAGAACAAGAUGAGCAGCAGGAGGUCACUUCAAAAAUGAUAUUUUUGUUUUCUGCUCAUCUGAACAACUGUAAAAAGUAG